AUGUCUCGCGGAGGAAUGAGGGGUGGCGGUGGUGGCAGGAAGCCAUUGCCACCUGGCACAGAACUCAACUGGGAAAAGGCGCCAGGCGAGAAACCAGACACGGCUCCGACGGAGCUGUUCCCAGAAUACGAGCUUCCUCGAGCGGGUAUAUUGCAGAUACGCGAACGAGGCGAGGUUGACCAUUAUCGGGCUCUAAGAGAGAAUUUCCACAAUGGGCCCUAUUAUGCGGUAGUCAACGCCGCCAGCACCACAGCCAAAAAAGGCACCAAAGAGAGAGCCCAGUUUGACCCGUUCCAUGGCAUGGAGUCAUACAGUACACGGUAUCAGAAGAGGAAGAGGACGAUACCGAACAUCAGCGAUAGAGAAUAUAUCGUCAACUUCUUCCCCCGUGAGAUGUGGCCUAUCGUUCAACCAAACUACAGACCAGACAAAUCAAAUGCUGCAUUCGGAGUGAGACAAAGGUUUGGACAGAUUGAAGAUGACGAGGAAGCCGAGGAGGAAAACGAUGAGGAAGGGCAACCUUCUAAGCGACAAAAGGGAGAAAACGACGAUGACGAAGCGGACGAUGAAGACAACGAAGACGACGAGGCGUUACAAGACGAUGACUUUUCAGAAGACGAUGACGAGAUGGGUGGUGAUUACAACGCAGAGCAAUACUUUGAUGGUGGCGAUGAUGAAGGCGACGGAGAUGGGUUUGGCGAUGGCGGCGGUGGCGGUGGAGGAGGAGACGAUGACUAUUACUAG